UCCGCGAGCGUCCCCGUAUCUUUCUUACGAUUAUUCCACUCGACCGCGGCGUCGAGCCGAGGAUUCGUGUUCGCGAGCACGCUCGGGAACAGGUCCUCCCUGCGAUUAUGUAAACGGACCGAUAUCGCGCUCGGAACUGUUCGCGGAGUUCCUUGACUGUCGCAUCGUCUACCUUUGACACCUCCGUCGUGAUUCCAAGCUCGGACAACUUGAUAACGUCGAAUUCCGUGGCGUGCCCUACGAUUUGUCUUACGAGCGAGAGUGUAUGUGAAUUCGGCAGCCGACAACGAUGCUCAGCAACCGUGUGUCAGCGUUUCUGCGGCUGGCCGCGCAGGAGCAGCAAUGGCAGCAGCAGCAGCAACGCGGGAUGGCCACCCUCAAGUCGAUCUCUAUACGUUUGAAGUCCGUCAAGAACAUUCAAAAGAUUACGCAGUCCAUGAAGAUGGUGUCGGCGGCCAAGUACAAUCGGGCGGAGCGCGACUUGAAGCAGGCCCGUCCCCUCGGCGAGGGCACGAAGGUGUUCUACGAGCAGGCCGAUAUCCAACCGCCGCCGGAGCCGAAGAAGCUCGUCAUCGCCGUGACCAGCGACCGCGGUCUCUGCGGCGCCGUGCACACCGGCGUGUCCCGCAACAUUCGCGACCGGCUGUUGGCCGAUCCUAAGGAACGCGAGAACACGAAGAUCAUAUGCAUAGGCGAGAAGUCCCGUGCCAUCCUCCAGCGGCUGUUCGCGAACAACAUACUCUUCGUCGCGUCCGAGGUCGGCCGUAAGCCGCCGACGUUCAACGAUGCGGCGAAGAUAGCUAACCAGAUAUUGAACAGCGGUUAUCCCUUCGGCUCUGGUCGCAUAGUGUACAACAGAUUCAAGUCCGUGGUGUCGUACGCGAUCGAAGAUCUGCCGCUGUACGACAAGAACGCGGUGAUCGCCGCGCCGAAGCUGUCGGUAUACGACGCGAUCGACGACGAGGUGAUACAGAGCUACCUGGAGUUUUCGCUCGCCUCGCUGCUGUUCUACACGAUGAAGGAGAGCGCCUGCAGCGAGCAGUCCAGCCGUAUGACGGCCAUGGACAACGCCAGCAAAAACGCCGGAGAGAUGAUCGACAAGCUCACCCUCACCUUCAACCGCACCCGGCAGGCCGUGAUCACCAGGGAACUGAUCGAAAUUAUCUCCGGCGCCGCCGCUCUGGAAUAAGAAUGUUUCCCGGGAGGAGAAAUUUAGUUUAUCAAUUUAUAUAGUGCCGGCAAAUAGAAAGAGAGUACGCUGCUGGAAGCAGGAGGACGAGAACGGGGAGGGAGAUACAGAACCUGUUAUGCUGCCAAAAGAUCAAGUUACCUCCCCCCCCCCCCCAUUGACUUGGACGACGUUCAAUUAACAACCGCGGAGGUGCGCUGUAAACUUCAAGAACAUUGAAAGCCUAUCUGUUAUUUAUAUGUCCAAGUUCAAUAAAUCAAUCGAAUUACAA